UCUAUAGCUACUACGUCAGAGUAGCAAACAGUAAAAAUAAGAAUGUAAGCCCCUGUAAACUCUCCUUCAGGGUGCUCACACUUGCAUACCAAACGCACCACAACCACCCAAUCACAGCCUCAUAUACCGGAAUCUUUUCGCAAUAAAUGGCUCCAAAGAAGCUCGACACCCCACCCUCAGAGGUCCCCGUUUCCAGGUUUGAGAACGAACUGACAGGGUCGUGUCUCUGCGGCUCGAUAAGCGUGUCGAUACAGGACAAGGAACUGUUUGUGGGGAAGAAGCGUGGGCACCUGUGCCACUGUGCAAACUGCCGCAAGGUCGCGGGUAGUCACGUUGCGAGCAAUCUGCUGAUUGAAGAAGAGAAGGUGAAGAUCGAGGACAAGAACGGGAUUUUUAAAUGCUAUCUAGAUGGCGAGACCCUGAGUGGUAAUAAGCUUGAGCGAUGGUUUUGCGGCCAAUGCGGGAAUCCGAUCAAGUCUGUCUCGCCACUAUAUCCCGGCAAGGUAAUCCUUAAGAUGGGAAUCUUCCCCCGAAUACCAGAGCCCGAGGCGGAGGCGUAUUCAGUGAAUCGACAGGUUUGGGAAGGAAGAAAUAAGGAUGUCAAGAUGUAUGCGACAAAGAAUUUUGGAGAUGUAUACACUGGGGACUUAUAGAAAUUACACCAUCGUCUUAGACCCACUUUUCUAUCUUAUAUCAUGCAAACUGACUUUACU